AGUUAGGUUGGAGGCGCCGCGGCGGGGGAGCGGCUCGGUUAGGUGGAAGUGAGGGGGAGUCUCCAGGCAGAGACAUGGAUUUAGAUGCUAUUACAGAAUACUCCGCAUUACAUCCCAAGCCCAGUGGACUCAUUCUUCAAUAUGGGACUGCUGGCUUUCGAACGAAAGCAGAACAUCUCGAUCAUGUCAUGUUUCGCAUGGGAUUAUUAGCUGUCCUGAGGUCAAAACAGACAAAAUCUACAAUAGGGGUCAUGGUAACAGCAUCACAUAAUCCUGAGGAAGACAAUGGGGUAAAAUUGGUUGAUCCUUUGGGUGAAAUGUUGGCACCAUCCUGGGAGGAACAUGCUACCUGUUUGGCAAAUGCUGAGGAACAAGAUAUGCCGAGAGUGUUGAUGGACAUCAGUGUGAAAGCAGCUGUGAAUCUGCAACAAGAUGCCUUCAUAGUGAUUGGUAGAGAUACCAGGUCCACCAGUGAGAAACUCUCACAGUCUGUAAUAGAUGGUGUAACUGUUUUAGAAGGUCAAUUUCAUGAUUACGGCUUGGUAACAACGCCCCAGCUGCACUACAUGGUAUACUGUCGAAAUACCAGUGGCCAAUAUGGAGAGGCAACCCUAGAAGGUUACUACCAGAAACUCUCUAAGGCCUUUAUGGAACUUACCAAACAGACUUUGUGCAGCGAAGAUGAAUAUAGAUCACUUAAGGUUGACUGUGCAAAUGGCAUAGGAGCCCUGAAGCUGAAAGAAAUGGAACACUACGUUUCCCAGGGGCUGUCAGUUCAGCUCUUCAAUGACGGCACCAAAGGGAAACUCAAUCAUUUAUGUGGGGCUGACUUUGUGAAAAGUCAUCAGAAACCUCCACAGGGAAUGGAAAUGAAGUCUAAUGAAAGAUGCUGUUCCUUUGAUGGAGAUGCAGACAGAAUCGUUUAUCACUACCUCGAUGUAGAUGGUCACUUUCAUCUCAUAGAUGGAGACAAGAUAGCAACACUGAUUAGCAGUUUCCUUAAAGAGCUCUUGUUGGAGAUUGGAGAAAGUUUGAAUAUUGGUGUUGUACAAACUGCGUAUGCAAAUGGAAGUUCAACACGGUAUCUUGAAGAAGUUAUGAAGGUACCUGUCUAUUGUACUAAAACUGGUGUAAAACAUUUACAUCACAAGGCUCAAGAGUUUGACAUUGGAGUUUAUUUUGAAGCAAAUGGGCAUGGCACAGUACUGUUUAGUAAAGCUGCCGAAACAAAGAUAAGACAACUCACAAAAGAAUUAGAAGAUGAGAAAAGGAAAGCUGCUGCUAAGAUGCUUGAAAACGUUAUUGACUUGUUCAACCAGGCAGCUGGUGAUGCUAUUUCUGAUAUGCUGGUGAUUGAGGCAAUCUUGACGCUGAAGGACUUGACUAUACAACAGUGGGAUGCUCUUUAUAUGGAUCUUCCAAACAGACAGCUCAAAGUUAAGGUUGCAGACAGGCAAGUUAUUAGCACCACUGAUGCUGAAAGACAAGUAGUUACACCUCCCGGACUACAGGAGGCAAUCAAUGACCUGGUGAAGAAAUACAAGCUUUCCCGAGCUUUUGUCCGGCCUUCUGGUACGGAAGAUGUAGUCCGAGUAUAUGCAGAAGCAGACUCGCAGGAAAAUGCGGAUAGCCUUGCACGUGCAGUCAGCUUGGCAGUAUUUCAGCUGGCUGGAGGAGUUGGAGAAACACCCUAACCAGGUUUCUGAAGAUAAUUUUUAUAUUCAUGACAAACUGGAUUUUUAAGAACUUUUUACAAAAUAAUGGUACUGCCACUAAUGUGACAGGUUCAGACACAUUUAUAAUCAUGUUUACGAUGCACCUUACUAGAUUGUUUCUAGAUCUGAUUGUUUUUCUUAAACACUACCACAACUGUUAUUUAGAAAUAGGGAAACCUUUUACCUGUUAAAGUGAAACUUGAAUCAAAUUUCAGUCUCACUAAUGUAAAGUGCUCGGGGCUUAAUCAUUACCUUUAUAGUACAUUCGGGGACAAAUUCAUGAGGGCUGCUGGAAAAUUAAACCUUACUACCAACUCC